AAAGGAACCUUGGAAGAAGUCACCCCCCCAGUUGCUCCAGAAAAAAAAGGAAGCCCCUUUGGAGGGGGGGGGGUCUGCAGGUCCAUCCUUGAACCAAUGAAUUUUUAACCUUCACACGUUUUUCGUGUCCGAGCUUCAUCUAAAGUGCAGUGCUUUAUUGGUGAGGAAUUCGUUAAAAAGAGGCUGAGACAGAAUUAGAUGGAGCCUUUUUUUUACAUUCUGUGCCCCGUCGCUCAUUCUUUCUAUACAUUUCGCAUCUGAUUUUGUUGGCUUCCUAGUACAUCAACAGGACCACAUAGCAUCGCCUCCCUCUUCUUCCGUUCUUCUCCCCCAUUUCAUUCUGUAAUAGUGACACGAAUUCCCGUUUUGUGAUACCCGCCGCCGACGUCUCGACCUCUCAUCCUCUUUGCCGCCACCCGCCGUCUUUGAUUCUUUACUGGUUCCCUUGUCCUUGUUACUACUUACCCACUUGGGAUCGCAUAGCCAGCCAACUCUUCGUUUGCGCCUUAUCACCUCUUACCCUCGAAGCUAAAACGCUGCUGCCAUCACAGUUAAUUCAAUAGUUACCUAGUUAGUAUCGGGGACCCUGACACAACUACGAUAACCCGAUAUUUUGUUUUUGGAGCACUGCGUCAUCACCAUGCCGGGGUUCGUAGAUUCUUUCUGGUCGACAGACUAUGCCGCAGGCCUGGGUGUCUUGUUCACCAAGCUCCAGCAAGGAGUCGAGGAGAACAAGCAAGUCUUGACCAUUGCUCGAAUGCGAGCCGAAGCCGAAGAGGUUUACGGCCAACGACUCGGAGAUAUUGCGCCUGCAGCUGACAAAAUUACUGGUGGCUUCUCGCGUGACGACGGCGCAAGUGUGCGAAAAGCUUACGAUGGAGUCCGAGCCGAGAUGGAGGAAGCCGCAAAAAACCACAAGAAGAUUGCACAGGGUAUUCGCGAUCUUGUUGUAAACCCGUUUGCGAGAUGGUGCGACGCCCACGAAUCCCGUAUCCAAGAAUCCCAAGAUGAUUUGCAGGCUCGUAUAAAAGCCCAUGAUCGCCAAGCUGAGGCGGUCAAGAAGCUACGGAGCAACUAUUUUAAUAAAUGCCGUCUGGUCGAAGACAUCGAAGAGGAAAACAAGUUGGCUUUCCAAGAUCCGGAAACGAGUCCCAAGCAGAAUCAGAACAUACCCGAGAUCAAAGUUUCGCCCAACGAAAAGGAAGAGGAAGAUGACGAGAUAUAUGAGAUUGGUGACGAGACGUACCAGACGGAGCAGAUGAAGAAGAUACUGUCUCACAUGUUGAACACCAUAAAGAUGGGUGAGACUAAAGUACCUAUCCUGGGAACAUAUCUCAAUACUUCGUCCGGUUCCGAUAUAGUCGAAUACAUGCAACGUCAUAUGGGAUCAAGCAGUGUCAGCUACGCCGAACGGAUUGGACAAGAUUUGGUGGCGAAUGGUUUUCUUCGCCUCGUUGGUAACGUUGGAAAUAACUUUGCGAAUAGCUCGAAAUUGUUUUACCAGUGGCGACCGAAGGCAUUCCAACUAGCAGGAGUCCCGGAGAAGAAAGCAACAUUCGGAAGGACGUUCUCUAUGCCUACGAACCCCGAGGGCGGAUCCGAUUCUCCCGUUGUGGGCGCCGUUAGCGAAUACUUGUCUGGUUGGAAUGUCCUCGGUAGCCAACACCCUAACGAGACUCCGCCGGAACGUAUGCGUCGCGAGGCCAGAGAGGCCGAUGAGAAGUAUAAGGCCGCUGUUCGGAAGCUUGAUGAAAUGCGCUGCGAGCUGGAGGACGCCAUCUUCGCCCACCUAAAAUUCCUCGAACGUUGCGAGCUGGACAGGCUAAAAGCUAUCAAGACGGUUGUCCUUGAUUUCUCGGGCGCUAUUGGAAAUGUCAUUCCAAGCUUACAAUCUGCGCUAGAUCACAUGGUUAUAUGCCAAGAAACGGUUCAGCCCGAGGGAGACUUGCGAUAUCUUUUGGAGAAUUACAGGACAGGUCGUUUCGCACCCCGGGUUGUCGUGUAUGAAAACUACUAUAACAAGGUUGAUGAGCAGACGUUUGGCGUGGAUCUGGAGGCUAGGGCCAGGGCAGAUAAGAAGCGUGUUCCUAUUAUCAUCACGACGCUACUGACGUACCUGGAUAAUCACUACCCGGAUCUUGAAGGAGAUGAAGCCAGACGCGGAGUCUGGCUCACGGACGUUUCGCUCCAGCAAGUUCAUAAACUGCGUAACAAAAUAAAUAAUGGCAAACCUUUUACCGCCGAAGAUCUCUCAGAAUUCGACGUACCCGUCGUUGCGUAUCUACUGAAACUGUACCUCUUGGAACUUCCAGAUUCACUGGUAUCAUCUCACGUAUAUGAGAUCGUCAGGACUAUCUACCAAACGCCGACAUCAGAGACUACUGACGAGGCACGUAUCGCUGUUUUACAGCAGACUCUCUCACAGUUACGACUCACGAAUAUCGCUACACUUGACGCAUGUAUGAACCACUUUACGAGACUAAUAGACUUAACGUCAGCGGACGAGCAAUACAUACACGACCUUGCAACAUCCUUGGCCCCUUGUAUAUUGCGGCCGCGGACUGAAACGUCAUUAACAAUGGAAGAGAAGCACGCAUAUCGCUUGGUCCGCGAUCUGUUUGCGCACAAAGACGCUAUCUUCAGCGAGCUGAAGCGUAUGUCGAGCCUCACGCACUCGGGGUCGGUUACCAGCACCCGGCCUCGAGCUAUCAGCACAGAUGAGAGCAAUAGGAGAGCCCAUAUGGAAGAGAGGCAACGAGCUUUGUUGGAAAAGGCAGGCCCUCGUGGGCGUGGCACUAGUCCAGCGCCAGGACCCCGUCAUCGACGUGACAGGAGUACAGGCGGACCGGAAACCCGAUUUCCUAUCGCUAGCCCGACGGCCGCUAAUGAACGUCACCGGAGCAGCCUUGGCAGCCUUGGCGCUGUGAAGAGAUCUAGUCUGGAGGUUCCUGAUGGAACAGGACAGCCGCCGGCGGAGGUAAACGGGGCAGCUAAUGGGGAUUCCCCCAAGACGGACAUCGAGCACGUCGUCUCUAAGCGGGACAGCCUCGGCCGAAGUAGUGCUAGGUUCGUUAGUGGUCGUAGGGUCACGACCUCGUCGGUGUCGGGAUCCGGAAGCACACCCUCCACACCCAUUAGUAAGGCGACGGAAAUUGGCACCCCGAUCCAAGACCGUGGUGUGCAGCUCGUCGACGCACCGAUGGAAUACUAGUAAUGUGUGGACUGCCCGCAGGCUCGGGGUUGCGUGAGCUGGCACCGGAGACCAAAAGCUUCAUUUUGAUAUCUUGACGUGUAUCUGGCGACUACCAUUCCAACAUUGAAGAAAGGGUUAUACUUCUUUGCAUUAGGCUGAGAGGGGUGGGGGGAAGAACUUUACGAAUGGACUUAUCAGCGGUGCUGUUCUUCUUAGCUUACGUAUAAUGUAAAUUGUCCCUAUACCGGGAAUGUACAAGUUUGUCGUUACUGUUAGCUUUUUUUUACCGUUAUCAAUGUUGCACGACGUCUUACACGCUCAUACUUCUACUACUUCUACUCCUACGACGAAAAGAUCCCCCAAAAUUUCAACUCGCCCUUUUCUAGUAUCGAUGUUUUGUGUUUUUUUGUCUAUGUCGUCUCGUCGUCUUCUGGGUUUCCCUGGCUAGUAUAGCGCGUUGUCGAUGGUACUGUUUUUUUCUACUGAGAACACACACAAACAUGUAGAAGGUCGAUUAUGCAAAGCAAAGCAAGGAAGUGAUAGAGAGAGACAGAGAGACAGAGAGAGGGGGGCUUGGGACGGCGAUUACUCUUGUACCGUCUUGUACGUUGACCAUGGCAUAACUAUGUAGUUCUGCGUUGAAUUGAAUCGAAUUUUAGAAUGAUUAUUACCUUGUUAUAUUGCCCGUUAUAUUGCUCAUUUAACUACCCGUUUCCUCC